AUGGGUGACCUGCAGUGUGAUUCCACGUGCCGGUUAUGGGCUGCCAAAUACACCUCUGAAAUUGCCAUGGUUGCUUACGUUGCCUGUGCCACCGUGGCCUACACCCUGUGGUGGCAUAAGCCGAAAGAUAUGAUCUCGCCCAUGACUAUUUUCCUCCCCUAUGAUCGCCAUGUGGAAGACAUGCCAGACUUCGUUCGUGUUAUCCUCGAGUCGAGGCCGAAGAACUGGGCCAGUUUGACUAAUAUUCUCCUCCAAGAAGAAUCAACCCUCGUAUGGAAGACCCUAGGUUUCAUAUGGGAGCUUGAUGUCUUGAUGUGGAACAAGGCCAUUGCGUUUCUUUGA